CGGGUGGUGAGGGUGGCGCAUGCGCAGCCGUAUAGUUGCUGCGCCCCGCCAUCACUCACCGCAGUCGUCAUCGCCGCUGGAGGCAAAGAUGCAAUAGCAGAGGAUUUUUGGCUGGAGGAAGGCAUGCAGCCCGUCAUUUCCGGGCUGAGGCCCUUCGCGCUCACUUCCGUAUCGUCUACCAACCACUUUCUCUGGUUGAGCCGCGCGAACGAGCGCCCGUGGUCCUCCGGGCCGGUCCUCCAGGCGCGGUUGGCGGUUCGUGGUUGGUGAUGUGGAGCUUUAGGCGCGAACAAGAUGAAGAAAAACCGGCGCUGAGACCCUGGACCCUGUACUCAGUGAAAAUGAUAUUAAAUGAAUACUGAAUACUGAAGAAACAGAGUUUGUAGAAUGCCUCCGAGAUGGAUUCUUGGAGCAGCUUGUAAUGGAGCCGACCAGAGAAAAGGCAAUUCUGAAUUUGGUGUUGUCCAAUGAACCAGAUAUGAUAAGAGAACUCGAGGGUUUGGGAGCCGUUGCUGUGGACGGACACACAGGGACGUUAGCGGUCAUUGAGUGUGGCCGGUGAGCGCCCCCCCAUCUGCUCGGUGUGCGGGCUGAGCUACGAUGGAGAACCACAUGACGGGGCACGACAAGGACAAGCGUUAUGAGUGCGACGUGUGUGGCAAGGCAUUUCAGCGCCCGAGCCAUCUGGAGAUCCACCGGCGAGUACACACGGGAGAACGCCCCUUCGACUGCUCCGACUGUGGCAAAUGCUUCAAGUCAUCAUCGGUCCUGAAUGAGCACAGGCACCUGCACACCGGGGAACGACCCUACACCUGCAACGACUGUGGCAAGGGCUUCACCCGCUCAAGCUACCUGCUGAUGCACCAGCGCACCCACACUGGCGAGCGCCCCUACACCUGCGCCGAGUGCGGCAAGGGCUUCACCCAGUCCAGCAGCCUGCUGGAGCACCAGCGCACCCACACCGGCGAGCGCCCCUUCACCUGCGCCCAGUGCGGCAAGGGCUUCAUCCGCUCCUCCAACCUGCUGUCCCACCAGCGCACCCACACCGGUGAGCGCCCCUUCACCUGCGCCCAGUGCGGCAAGGGCUUCAUCCGCUCCUCCAAGCUGCUGUCCCACCAGCGCACCCACACCGUGGAGCAGCCCUACACCUGUGCCCAGUGCGGCAAGGGCUUCACCGAGUCCAGCAGCCUGCUUGUGCACCAGCGCACCCACACCGGCGAGCUCCCCUUCACCUGCGUCCAGUGCGGCAAGGGCUUCAUCAAGUCCAACUACCUGCUGUCGCACCAACGCAUCCACACUGGCGAGCGCCCCCACACCUGCACCCAGUGCGGCAAGGGCUUCACCCGCUCCAGCACCCUGCUGUCCCACCAGCGCACCCACACCGGUGAGCGUCCCUAUACCUGCGCCCAGUGUGGCAAGAGCUUCACCCAGUCCAGUCACCUGAAGGAGCACCAGCGCACCCACACCGGCGAGCGCCCCUACACCUGCACCCAGUGCGGCAAGGGCUUCAUGUACUCUAGCACCCUGCUGUCCCACCAGCGCACCCACACCGGCGAGCGUCCCUACACCUGUGCCCAGUGUGGCAAGGGCUUCACCCACUCCAGCAACCUGCUGUCCCACCAGCGCACCCACACCGGCGAGCGUCCCUAUACCUGCACCCAGUGUGGCAAGGGCUUCACCCAGUCCAGUCACCUGAAGGAGCACCAGCACACCCACACCGGCGAGCGUCCCUAUACCUGCGUCCAGUGCGGCAAGGGCUUCACCAGCUCCACCAAGCUGCUGUCCCACCAGCGGGUGCACACCAGCGACCAUCCCAUCCCGAGUCCGGUGCGUGGAGAGCACUUUGCCACGGCCUCCCACGCUCAGUCUCACCAGCGCAUGCACACCAGUGGCCAGCCCUAUGACUGCCCGUACUGCACUGAGGGGUUUGACAGCUCGCGGGGGUUGCGGCAGCACCAGCGGACCCACGCCGGCGAGCAGCUGCUCCCACUGUAACAAGACAGCAUUCGGGCUGUGGGAGCACCAGUGGAUACACACCGGAGAGAGACCAUUUUGUGUGCUGGGUGUGCCAAGGGUUUCACCCGCCUUGACCACCUGCUGGAGAACCCAUUCCUUCUCUCCAGAGAUGCUGCCUGUCCCGCUGAGUUACUCCAGCACUCUGAAAUGUCACAUAUCCAUGUUCUCCAGAGAUGCUGCCUGACCCGCUGAGUUACUCCAGCACUCUGUGUUAGUCAUAGAGUGAUACAGUGUGGAAACAUGCCCUUCGGCCCAACUUGCCCACACCGACUAACAUGUCCCAGCUACACUAAUCCCACCUGCCUGUGUUUGGUCCAUAUCCCUCCAAACUUGUCCUAUCCAUGUAACUGUCUAACUGUUUCUUGGGAUAGUCACAGCCUCAACUACCUCCUCUGACAGUUUGUUCCAUACUCCCACCACCCUCUGUGUGAAAAAGUUACCCCUCAGUUUCCUUUUAAAUCUUUUCCCCUUCACUUUGAACCCAUGCCCUCUGGUCCUCGAUUCCCCGACUCUGGCAAGAGAUUCUCUGCAUCUAACUAAAUUGUGUUCAAUGCAAGAUUCCAGCAUCUGCAGUUUCUUAUGUCUCCCUCACCUAUAUCCACCUAUCACUUCUGAAGAAGGGGCUCAACCUGAAACGUCACCCAUUCCUUCUCUCGGGAGAUGCUGCAUGUUCUUCUGUGUUACUCCAGCAUUUUGUGUCCACCUGUCACUUGCAAGGCUUUGUCCAGACCCCAUCUCUCUUUUCCAGCUCCCCCCCCCCCAUCCUCUCCACUCAGUCUGAAGAAGGGUCCCGAAUCUAAUGCGACCACUCCCACCUCCUUUCCAACUUUCUCCACCCCCAGCCCACACCAAGCAGUCUGAAGAAGGGUCCUGACCUAGAAUGUUGCCUGUCCAUGUUCUCCAGAUGUGCACGUUAUUCCAGGAGAUUGUGUCUCUCUUUGUAAACCAGCAUUUGUUGUUCCUUCUUUACUUCUGUGAAGAGGAAUACAUUAGUUAAGACCAAAGUUGGACUCUUAUUAUUUUUUUAUUUUAGUUAUUAUAUUUAUUAGAAGUAAGUACAAUACAGUGGUACCUUUUUUCAGGCACCGAAUAUAUGUUGAUAUGAUACAUUCUCUGUACAACUUCAUUUUUUUUAAAGAGAGAAAUGAGAAAGAGAGAGAUAGUAGAGAGUAGAAAAAUGUGUAGUGUGCAUAAAAAAAGAAAGAGAUAGUGAGGAAGAGAAGUAAGAAAGAAGAAGGAGCAAGAGAGAGAUUAGCAAAUAGGCGGUAGGAGAUGAGUUUUUAUAUUGUUGAUCAUCUUUCCCCCAGACUUGAAACAAUUGGUUUUACAAUGCUGUUGCACCAUAUGAAUCCAAAAAGUCAAUAAAUGGAGACCAACUCAUUAAGAAUUGGUCUUGUUUAUCUAUUA